GCCCUUCACAAAAGCACCGCUUCCCCAGGUUUUCUCCCUUCUCUUCAUCAUACCCAAACACCUCAACUCCUCUUCUCUUCCUCUCUCCUCCCUUAGCCAUCUCCGAAUCCCGCCUAGCCGCCUCCCUUCCCACCCCCCGCGGCCUCCUCUUCUGCGGCCGAUGUGCUCUCCUCGUCGGUCGAAAACCCUGAAGGUGAGGCACAAGUGAGAAAUCCCUAUCGGAGAUGGCAGCGGCGGCGAUGGCAGCGCACAGGGCCAGUUUCCCACUGCGGCUGCAGCAGAUCCUGUCUGGCAGCCGCGCCGUGUCGCCGGCGAUCAAAGUCGAGUCCGAGCCGCCAGCAAAAGUCAAAGCAUUUAUUGAUCGUGUAAUCAAUAUUCCACUACAUGACAUUGCCAUACCACUAUCAGGCUUCCAUUGGGAGUUCAAUAAGGGAAAUUUUCACCAUUGGAAGCCUCUGUUUAUGCAUUUUGAUACAUAUUUCAAGACAUACAUCUCUUCUAGGAAGGAUCUUCUCUUGUCUGAUGAUAUGUCUGAGGGUGAACCGUUGACAAAAAAUACCAUCUUACAAAUUUUGAGAGUUAUGCAAAUUGUGUUGGAAAAUUGCCAGAACAAAACGUCCUUUGCUGCCCUUGAGGUAAGCUGGUGUUCUUUUUAUGUGCUUUUGAACUCUUUACUAAUGUCCCAAAGAUGGGAAUUUCAGACCCUUGUUUUUAUCCCACUUAAACUGAUCAUUGUCCUCUACUCCCUGUAUCAGCAUUUUAAGAAUCUGUUGGCGUCAUCAGAUCCUGAGGUAGUUGUUGCGGCUUUGGAAACUCUUGCUUCAGUGGUGAAAAUAAAUCCUUCAAAAUUGCAUAUGAAUGGAAAACUGAUCAACUGUGGAGCUAUAAAUAGCCAUCUUCUAUCAUUGGCCCAAGGAUGGGGUAGCAAGGAGGAAGGUCUAGGCUUGUAUUCCUGUGUUGUGGCAAAUGAGCGAAAUCAGCUGGAGGGUUUGUGCUUAUUCCCAGUAGACAUGGAGAACAAAUAUGAUGGCACACAACAUCGUCUUGGGUCCACUCUUCAUUUUGAGUAUAAUUUGGCACCUGUCCAAGAUUCUGAUCAAACAAGUGACAAGUCAUCUAAUCUCUGUGUGAUACAUAUGCCAGACCUGCACCUUCGGAAGGAGGAUGACUUGAGCAUAUUGAAGCAAUGCAUCGACAAGUUUAAUGUGCCUCCAGAGCACCGGUUUGCCUUGUUUACAAGGAUAAGAUAUGCACAUGCUUUUAAUUCCCCGAGGACAUGCAGGCUAUAUAGUCGCAUAAGUCUCCUUUCUUUCAUUGUUCUCGUGCAAUCCAGUGAUGCCCAUGAUGAGCUGACAUCGUUCUUCACAAAUGAGCCAGAGUACAUAAAUGAGUUAAUCCGGCUUGUUCGGUCAGAAGAUAUUGUUCCUGGGCCCAUCCGUGCGUUGGCUAUGCUUGCACUGGGAGCACAGUUAGCAGCAUAUGCAUCAUCUCAUGAGCGAGCUAGGAUACUGAGCGGCUCAAGUAUUAUCUCUGCUGGUGGAAACCGCAUGGUCUUGCUUAGUGUUCUGCAGAAAGCAAUAUCGUCCCUCAGUAGCCCUAAUGAUACCUCAUCUCCUUUAAUUGUUGAUGCCCUUCUGCAGUUCUUUUUGCUUCAUGUGCUGUCAUCUUCGAGUUCUGGGACCACCGUUAGGGGUUCAGGGAUGGUUCCACCUCUCCUGCCUCUCCUGCAAGAUAAGGAUCCUUCCCACAUGCAUCUUGUCUGUUUGGCAGUAAAGACCCUUCAGAAGCUGAUGGAGUACAGCAGCCCUGCUGUUUCCCUGUUUAAAGAUUUGGGUGGUGUAGAACUUUUGUCUCAGAGGUUACAUGUGGAGGUGCAGCGUGUUAUUGGUGUUGCUGACAUUACUUUAGUGGUUGCCAGUGAUACAUCAAAAUCAGAAGAUGACCAUCUUUACUCACAGAAGCGACUGAUUAAGGCUUUGCUCAAGGCAUUAGGUUCUGCUACAUAUUCUCCUGCAAAUCCUGCUCGCUCUCAAAGCUCCAAUGAUAACUCUUUGCCCAUGUCACUUUCCCUAAUAUUCCAGAAUGUUGCAAAGUUUGGUGGCGAUAUAUACUUCUCUUCAGUUACUGUUAUGAGUGAGAUAAUACAUAAGGAUCCUACAUGUUUUCCUGCUUUGAAGGAACUUGGUCUUCCCGAUGCCUUCCUGUCAUCGGUGACUGCUGGGGUGAUACCAUCUUGUAAAGCUCUUGUAUGUGUACCCAAUGGCCUGGGCGCAAUCUGCCUUAAUAACCAAGGACUUGAGUCUGUCAGGGAAACUUCGGCUCUGCGUUUUCUUGUAGAGACAUUCACUAGUAGGAAAUAUCUGAUACCAAUGAAUGAAGGUGUUGUUCUUUUAGCCAAUGCAGUGGAAGAGCUUCUUCGUCAUGUGCAGUCCCUUAGAAGUACUGGUGUUGAUAUCAUCAUUGAAAUAAUCAACAAACUUUCUUCACCUCGUGGUGAUAAAAUCACUGAAGCAGCCAGCUAUGAAGAAAAAACCGAUAUGGAAACAGAUGUUGAAGGGCGUGAUUUAGUAAGUGCCAUGGAUUCUGGCACAGAUGGAACUAGUGAUGAGCAGUUUUCUCAUUUGAGCAUUUUCCAUGUUAUGGUAUUGGUGCACAGGACAAUGGAAAAUUCAGAAACUUGCAGGCUGUUUGUAGAAAAGGGAGGUCUACAGACUCUGUUGACACUCUUGCUGCGACCCACCAUCACCCAAUCUUCUGGUGGGAUGCCUAUUGCUUUGCACAGCACUAUGGUAUUCAAGGGCUUUACUCAACAGCAUUCUACUCCACUUGCGCGUGCAUUUUGCUCCUCUUUGAAGCAGCACUUGAAGAAUGCCCUACAGGAACUUGAUACAGUUUUUAGGUCAUGUGAAGUGAAUAAGUUGGAAAAAGGAGCCAUUCCAUCACUUUUUAUUGUUGAAUUUCUGCUCUUCCUUGCGGCAUCGAAAGACAACCGCUGGAUGAGCGCUCUACUCUCAGAAUUUGGAGAUGUCAGCAGGGAUGUGCUGGAAGAUAUUGGAAGAGUUCACCGGGAAGUGCUUUGGCAAAUUUCACUUCUUGAUGAGAAGAAAAUAGAGCCUGAAGCUAGUUCUCCUUCAGCAAGUGAGGCCCAGCAAGUUGAUGCUGCUGUGGGCGACACUGAUGAUAACAGAUACACCUCCUUUCGCCAAUAUCUUGAUCCUCUUUUAAGGCGACGGGGUUCUGGGUGGAACAUAGAGUCUCAGGUAUCUGACCUUAUCAAUAUCUACCGUGAUAUGGGCCGUGCAGCUACUGACUCUCACAGAGUUGGUGCUGAUAGAUACCCUAGUGCAGGGUUGCCCUCAAAUUCCCAGGAUCAGCCAUCCAGUUCAUCUGAUGCAAAUGCGAAGUCAGAAGAGGACAAGAAAAGGUCUGAGCAUUCGUCCUGCUGUGACAUGAUGAGGUCACUUUCUUACCAUAUUAACCAUCUGUUUAUGGAGCUUGGUAAAGCAAUGCUGCUUACAUCUCGUCGUGAGAACAACCCUAUAAAUCUAUCUCCAUCUGUUGUGUCUGUUGCUAGCAAUAUUGCUUCUAUCGUGUUAGAGCACCUCAAUUUUGAGGGGCAUACAAUCAGUCCAGAGAGGGAGAUUACUGUUGCUACAAAGUGCCGAUACCUUGGAAAGGUUGUUGAGUUUAUUGAUGGGAUAUUGUUGGACAGACCAGAAUCAUGCAAUCCAAUCAUGGUGAAUUCUUUUUAUUGCCGUGGUGUCAUCCAGGCUAUCUUAACCACAUUUGAAGCUACCAGUGAGUUGCUUUUCGCAAUGAACAGGCCACCCUCGUCACCUAUGGAGACUGAUAGUAAAUCUGGGAAGGAAGAGAAGGAUACUGAUUGUUCAUGGAUUUAUGGCCCCCUUUCCAGCUAUGGUGCAGCCAUGGACCAUCUUGUAACUUCAUCAUUUAUUCUCUCUUCAUCGACAAGACAACUACUUGAGCAGCCUAUUUUUAGUGGAACUGUCAGGUUUCCACAAGAUGCAGAGAGAUUCAUGAAGUUGCUUCAGUCUAAAGUCUUAAAGACUGUUCUUCCCAUCUGGGCCCAUCCACAGUUUCCAGAAUGCAAUCUUGAGUUAAUCAGUUCAGUCACAUCCAUCAUGAGGCAUGUUUACUCUGGGGUAGAAGUAAAAAACACUGUUAGCAACAUUGCUGCUCGUUUGGCUGGUCCACCCCCUGACGAGAAUGCAAUUUCCCUGAUAAUAGAGAUGGGCUUUUCUCGUGCCAGAGCUGAAGAAGCAUUAAGACAGGUUGGAACGAAUAGCGUUGAGAUCGCGACUGAUUGGUUGUUUUCACACCCGGAGGAACCACCAGAGGAUGAUGAACUUGCUCGAGCUCUUGCUAUGUCUCUAGGGAAUUCUGAUACACCUGUUCAAGAGGAAGAUGACAGAACUAAUGAUCUUGAGCUUGAAGAAGUAAACGUUCAGAUCCCUCCCAUUGAUGAAGUAUUAUCUUCAUGUCUUAGGCUGCUGCAGGCAAAGGAAACAUUAGCUUUUCCUGUCCGGGAUAUGCUUGUGACUAUCAGCUCACAGAAUGACGGCCAAAACCGUGUGAAGGUGCUUACAUAUUUGAUUGAUCAUCUGAAGCAAUGUCUUGUGGCAUCUGAUCCUUUGAAAAACACUGCAUUAUCUGCUUUUUUCCAUGUUCUUGCUUUGAUUCUUCAUGGAGAUACCGCUGGUCGUGAAGUUGCCUCGAAGGCUGGUCUUAUCAAGGUUGUUUUGAGUCUGCUGUGCAGCUGGGAGCCGGAGCCAAGGGAAGGUCAAACAACCAAGGUUCCCAAUUGGGUUACUUCCUGUUUCCUUUCUGUUGAUAGAAUGCUCCAGUUGGAACCCAAGUUGCCAGAUGUUACUGAGCUUGAUGUUCUCAAAAAGGAUAAUUCUCCUACGCAAACAUCUGUUGUGAUUGAUGACAGCAAGAAGAAGGAUUCAGAAUCUUCCUCAAAUGUAGGGUUAUUGGACUUGGAGGACCAGGAACAACUUUUGAGGAUCUGCUGUAAAUGCAUUCAGAAGCAGUUGCCUUCUGGUACAAUGCAUGCUAUUCUUCAGUUGUGUGCUACACUGACGAAAGUCCAUGUGGCUGCUAUCAGUUUUCUUGAGUCUGGUGGCCUACAUGCGUUGCUAAGUUUGCCGACAAGUAGCUUGUUUUCUGGAUUCAACAGUGUGGUCUCUACAAUUAUCCGUCAUAUUUUGGAGGAUCCCCAUACCCUUCAGCAAGCUAUGGAAUUAGAGAUACGCCAUAGUCUUGUCACAGCUGCUAAUCGGCAUGCAAAUCCUAGGGUCACACCACGUAAUUUUGUUCAAAAUUUGGCGUUUGUUGUAUACAGGGACCCAGUUAUAUUUAUGAAAGCUGCCCAAGCUGUGUGCCAGAUUGAUAUGGUCGGAGAUAGACCGUAUGUUGUUCUAUUGAAAGACCGUGAGAAGGAAAAGAGCAAGGAAAAAGAUAAAGAUAAGUUGGUUGAAAAGGAUAAAUCAUCAGGUAUUGCCACAAAGAUAACAUCAGGAGACAUGGUUAUGGCAUCUCCUGUAAGUGCCAAAGGGAAACAAUUUGACUUGAGUGCAAGGAGUAUGAAAUCUCAUCGCAAGCCACCACAAACCUUCGUCACUGUUAUUGAGCAUCUAUUAGAUCUAGUAAUGUCCUUUGUCCCACCACCAACAGCUGAGGACCAAUCUGAUGGUUCGUCAUCCAUGGACAUGGAUAUUGAUUCUAGUUCAGCAAAAGGUAAAGGGAAGGCUAUUGCUGUCACACAUGAAGAAUCCAAGCAAGCAAUCCAAGAUGCUACUGCAUCUCUGGCUAAAAACGCAUUUGUCCUAAAGCUUCUCACAGAUGUACUUUUAACUUAUGCUUCAUCAGUUCAAGUUGUUCUUCGCCAUGAUGCUGAGUUGAGCAGCAUGCGGUGUCCUACCCGGACCAGUGGUGGAAUAUUUGAUCAUAUAUUACAGCAUUUCCUUCCACAUGCUACAAAGCAAAAGAAAGAAAGAAAGCCUGAUGGUGAUUGGAGGUACAAAUUGGCAACAAGGGGUAAUCAAUUUUUAGUGGCUUCAUCUAUUCGUUCUCCAGAAGGACGAAAAAGGAUCUGUUCUGAAAUUUGCAGUAUAUUUGUUGAAUUCACAGACAAUUCUACUGGUUCCAAACCUCCAAUGCUGAGGAUGAAUGCUUAUGUUGAUUUGCUCAAUGAUAUUCUGUCAGCUCGCUCGCCAACGGGCUCCUCACUUUCAGCAGAAUCUGUAGUUACAUUUGUUGAGGUUGGCCUUGUCCAGUCUCUGACGAAAACCCUUCAAGUUCUUGAUUUGGAUCAUCCCGAUUCAGCAAAAAUUGUAACUGGUAUUGUCAAGGCUCUUGAAGUGGUUACUAAGGAGCACGUUCAUUUAGCAGAUUUUAAUGCUAAAGGGGAGAACUCAUCAAAGACUGUUUCGGAGCAGAACAAUGUAGAUUCAUCAUCAAAUAGAUUCCAGGUUCUUGACACGACUUCUCAACCAACUGCAAUGGUAACUGAUCACAGGGAAACUUUCAAUGUUGUUCAUGCUUCAAGAAGUUCAGAUUCAGUGGCAGAUGAGAUGGAUCAUGACCGUGAUAUAGAUGGAGGUUUUGCCCAUGAUGGUGAAGAUGAUUUUAUGCAUGAGAUUGCUGAAGACAGAACUGGAAAUGAGUCAACUAUGGAUAUUCGGUUUGAUAUUCCUCGUAAUAGAGAGGAUGAUAUGGCUGAAGAUGAAGAUGACAGUGAUGAAGAUAUGUCAGCAGAUGAUGGUGAGGAGGUUGAUGAAGAUGAUGAUGAUGAGGAAAAUAACAACCUGGAGGAAGAUGAUGCCCAUCAGAUAUCUCAUGCUGAUACGGAUCAGGAUGACCGUGAGAUUGAUGAAGAAGAAUUUGAUGAAGAUCUGCUAGAAGAAGAAGAUGAUGAUGACGAGGAUGAGGAGGGAGUAAUCCUUCGCCUAGAGGAGGGGAUCAAUGGAAUUAAUGUGUUUGACCAUAUUGAGGUUUUCGGGGGGAGCAACAAUGUUUCUGGGGAUACACUGCGUGUAAUGCCAUUGGACAUUUUUGGCACAAGACGGCAAGGCCGCAGUACAUCUAUAUACAAUCUUCUUGGGAGAGCAAGCGACCAAGGUGUACUGGACCACCCACUCUUGGAGGAACCUUCUCUGUUACUUACACAACAGAGGCAGCCAGAAAAUUUAGUUGAGAUGGCUUUCUCUGACCGGAAUCAUGAAAAUAGCUCUUCCCGAUUGGACGCUAUAUUCAGAAGCUUGCGAAGUGGACGGAAUGGACACCGAUUUAAUAUGUGGCUGGAUGAUGGUCCCCAACGCAAUGGAUCUGCCGCCCCUGCAGUACCUGAAGGCAUUGAAGAACUUCUGCUCUCUCAGUUGAGAAGGCCUAUGGCUGAACAUCCUGAUGGGCAGAGCACACCUGCUGCUGGUGCUCAAGUAAAUGAUCCUCCCAGUAAUUUGCACGGACCAGAAACUGAUGCAAGGGAAGGACCAGCAGAACAAAAUGAAAACAAUGAAAACGAUGAUAUUUCUGCAGUAAGGUCUGAGGUGGAUGGCUCUGCAAGUGCUGGUUCUGCACCUCCUCACAGUGAUGAACUUCAAAGAGAUGCAUCCAAUGCUAGUGAGCAUGUCGCAGAUAUGCAAUAUGAACGUAGUGACGCUGCUGUCCGUGAUGUGGAAGCAGUAAGCCAGGCAAGCAGUGGCAGUGGUGCUACUCUAGGGGAAAGCCUCAGAAGUUUAGAUGUGGAAAUUGGAAGUGUUGAAGGACAUGAUGAUGGUGACCGGCACGGGGCUUCAGACAGGACAGCUUUGGGUGAUGUACAGGCAGCUACUCGAUCGCGGAGGCCUUCUGGAAAUGCAGUACCAGUUAGUAGCAGGGACAUAUCAUUGGAGAGUGUUCGGGAGAUCCCCCAAAACACAGUCCAGGAAUCUGAUCAGAAUGCCAGUGAGGGGAAUCAGGAGCCUAACAGGGCUACUGGCACUGACUCAAUUGAUCCUACAUUUUUGGAAGCUCUUCCAGAGGAUUUACGGGCUGAAGUUCUUUCUUCACGUCAAAAUCAAGUGACUCAGACUUCCAGUGAGCAGCCUCAGCAUGAUGCGGACAUUGAUCCUGAAUUCCUUGCUGCACUGCCACCUGAUAUACGUGAAGAGGUUCUAGCUCAACAACGUGCCCAACGGUUGCAACAACAGUCUCAAGAGCUUGAAGGACAACCAGUUGAAAUGGACGCUGUAUCAAUUAUUGCAACCUUCCCUUCGGAAAUACGGGAGGAGGUGCUUUUGACGUCUCCCGAUACCCUACUAGCUACAUUGACACCUGCACUAGUUGCUGAAGCCAACAUGUUGCGGGAGAGAUUUGCUCAUCGCUAUCAUAGCGGCUCACUUUUUGGCAUGAACUCCAGGAACAGGAGGGGAGAGUCCUCUCGUCGUGGUGAUAUCAUUAGUUCAGGCCUUGAUAGAAACACUGGUGAUUCCUCCCGUCAAACGGCCAGCAAGCUAAUUGAAACUGUAGGGACUCCUCUUGUCGACAAGGAUGCUCUCAAUGCUCUUAUUCGAUUACUUCGAGUUGUUCAGCCUAUAUACAAGGGCCAGUUGCAGAGGCUUCUCUUGAACCUUUGUGCUCACCGGGAAAGCAGAAAGUCAUUGGUUCAAAUUCUUGUGGACAUGCUUAUGCUUGAUCUGCAGGGCUCUUCUAAGAAACCAAUUGAUGCAACUGAGCCAUCAUUUAGGCUGUAUGGAUGCCAUGCAAAUAUCACAUAUUCACGCCCUCAAUCCUCAGAUGGUGUGCCACCAUUGGUUUCCCGUCGUGUGCUGGAAACUUUGACAUACCUGGCGAGAAAUCAUCCAAAUGUGGCUAAGCUCUUACUUUUUCUUCAGUUCCCCUACCCACCCACCCGCCAUACUGAAACACUUGAUCAGAGGACUGGAAAGGCUGUCCUUGUGGAAGUCAGGGAACAACAGAAUGCUUUUGCACUCGUUCUACUUUUAACUCUAUUAAAUCAGCCUCUUUAUAUGAGAAGUGUAGCUCAUCUUGAACAGUUACUCAAUCUUCUGGAAGUUGUCAUGCUUAACGCUGAGAAUGAAAUAAAUCAAGCUAAGUUGGAAAGUUCAUCUGAGAGACCGUCUGAACCUGAGAAUGUAACACAAGAUGUCCACGAGGAUGCCAGUGUUGCUGGAUCAUCUGGAGCGAAACCCAAUGCUGAGGAUAGUGGUAAAUCAUCUGCAGAUAAUAUAAAUGGCCUGCAAGCUGUUUUGCAGAGUCUUCCUCAAGCCGAGCUUCGGUUGCUAUGUUCAUUGCUUGCGCAUGAUGGGUUAUCAGACAAUGCAUACCUCCUUGUAGCAGAAGUUCUGAAAAAGAUUGUAGCUUUGGCUCCUUCCAUCUGUUGCCAUUUCAUAAAUGAGCUUGCACGUUCGAUGCAAAAUUUGACUGUUUGUGCCAUGAAUGAGCUUCACUUGUAUGAAGAUUCUGAAAAGGCAAUUCUGAGCACAUCAUCGGCCAACGGCAUGGCAGUUCUAAGAGUUGUGCAGGCCUUGAGUUCUCUUGUCACAUCUCUGCAAGAGAGGAAAGAUCCAGAGCUUCUUGCAGAGAAGGAUCAUUCAGAUGCAUUGUCCCAGAUUUCUGAAAUUAACAUAGCAUUGGAUGCGUUGUGGUUGGAGCUAAGCAACUGCAUAAGCAAAAUAGAGAGCUCUUCAGAAUAUACAUCAAAUUUGAGUCCAGCUUCUGCAAAUGCAACUAGAGUAUCAACUGGUGUAGCACCUCCCUUGCCAGCUGGAACCCAGAAUAUAUUACCGUACAUAGAAUCAUUUUUUGUGACAUGCGAGAAGUUACGUCCAGGACAACCUGAUGCUGUUCAAGAGCCUUCAACAUCUGAUAUGGAGGAUGCUUCAACAUCUAGUAGUGGGCAAAAAUCAUCUUCAAGUCACACCAGUCUUGAUGAGAAGCACACUGCUUUUGUUAAAUUCUCAGAGAAACACAGAAGACUGUUAAAUGCUUUUAUCCGACAAAACUCUGGGUUGCUUGAAAAAUCAUUCUCUCUGAUGUUGAAGGUCCCUCGCCUGAUUGAUUUUGACAACAAGCGUGCAUAUUUCCGCUCUAAAAUUAAGCAUCAGCAUGACCAUCAUCACAGUCCUGUUAGAAUUUCUGUCCGACGGGCAUACAUUUUGGAAGACUCCUAUAAUCAGCUUAGGAUGCGUUCACCACAGGACUUAAAGGGUAGACUCACUGUUCAUUUCCAAGGAGAAGAAGGCAUUGAUGCUGGUGGACUCACAAGAGAGUGGUAUCAGUUGCUAUCACGAGUGAUUUUUGACAAGGGCGCCCUUCUAUUCACGACAGUUGGAAAUGACUUGACAUUUCAACCAAACCCUAACUCUGUGUAUCAGACUGAACACCUCUCAUAUUUCAAAUUUGUUGGACGAGUGGUUGGAAAAGCUCUCUUUGAUGCCCAACUUUUGGAUGUCCAUUUCACUAGAUCUUUCUACAAGCACAUACUUGGUGCCAAGGUUACUUACCAUGAUAUUGAAGCCAUUGAUCCUGCUUACUACAGAAACCUGAAGUGGAUGCUUGAGAAUGACAUAAGUGAUGUCCUGGACCUCACAUUUAGCAUGGAUGCAGAUGAAGAGAAGCUGAUAUUGUAUGAGAAAGCUGAGGUAACUGAUUGUGAGUUGAUUCCUGGAGGGCGUAAUAUUAGGGUCACUGAGGAGAACAAGCAUGAAUAUGUGGAUAGGGUAGCAGAGCAUCGCUUAACCACCGCAAUUAGACCUCAGAUUAAUGCUUUCAUGGAAGGAUUUAAUGAGCUCAUUCCUCGCGAGCUAAUAUCCAUUUUUAACGACAAAGAGUUUGAACUGCUAAUCAGUGGACUCCCAGAUAUUGACUUGGAUGACCUAAAGGCAAAUACCGAGUACUCUGGCUACAGCAUAGCUUCUCCAGUUAUUCAAUGGUUCUGGGAAAUUGUCCAAGGUUUCAGCAAGGAGGACAAAGCUCGAUUCCUCCAGUUCGUUACAGGCACUUCAAAGGUACCUCUGGAGGGUUUCAGUGCGCUUCAAGGAAUAUCUGGGCCACAACGGUUCCAGAUACACAAGGCGUACGGCAGCACCAACCAUCUUCCCUCUGCUCAUACUUGCUUUAACCAACUGGACUUGCCUGAGUAUACAUCCAAAGACCAGCUGCAGGAGAGGUUGCUAUUGGCUAUUCAUGAGGCAAAUGAAGGGUUUGGAUUUGGUUAAUCUGUCAUUCCCGCACUUGUGCAUUCGCUGUUGGGUAUUUGUACAGAUAGUACGGGAGUUACAAUAGGCAAGUGGGAACGUGUGCUUGCUUGUUCCACAGCCUGCUAGAUCCCACUAGUUGGCAGCAUGAAGCAUCAGCCUUAGUCACUACCAGGAGGUUCUCCAUAUUUGUUGGGAAAUGGCUGAGAUCUUCCAUAAUCAGUGCAAACAAGUUACUGCAAAGAAUGUGCAGUGAGGAGUGGGAGUUUAAACAGACACCAACUAUUUGAUGUUCAUAAUAUUGUUUUUCUUCAUUGUCAGCUUUGGCGGUUGCCCUGUUAAAAUGUUGUCUUGUUUACAUUGGAUUUAAUGGAAGAUCUUUUGAACUCUUUUGCCA